AAGCUAAGAAGAUCAACAUUCAUUCAUUCAUUUCUCUUCUAACGAAAACCCUAGACCCAAACAACAAGAAGAAGAAGAAGAAAGUACUCACCAACACAGAAGAGAAAAGAUGUCAGGAGCAGGAGGACCCGUUUCACAGGACUGGGAACCCGUUGUCCUCCGCAAGAAGGCUCCCACCGCCGCUGCCAGGAAAGAUGACAAGGCUGUCAACGCCGCUCGCCGCGCCGGAGCUGACAUCGAAACCGUCAGGAAACAUAAUGCUGGGACAAACAAAGCUGCUUCAAGUGGCACUUCACUGAACACUAAGAGGCUGGAUGAGGAUACAGAGAAUUUAACUCAUGAUCGUGUGCCAACUGAACUCAAGAAAGCUAUAAUGCAAGCCCGGAUGGAUAAGAAAUUAACUCAGGCUCAACUUGCUCAGAUAAUCAAUGAGAAGCCUCAAGUGAUCCAGGAGUAUGAGUCAGGGAAAGCGAUUCCAAACCAGCAGAUUAUUGGCAAAUUGGAGAGAGCCCUUGGUGCCAAACUGCGUGGCAAGAAAUGAGGAACCAAAUCUGAUGGCUGUUUAUGUAGUCAGUUUUUUAUCUCGCUGUCCAAGAUGGUUGCGUUUGCAUGUUGCAACCGGAGGCUUUAACAUGUUCAGACAUAAUGAUGUAUUUACUAAAUAUUACCAUACGAAACACAAGCUGUGGUAACUAUCACCGACUACCUUCCAUCCAUGUCUGUUAAAUAACAAAGUUAGCUUUGUCACA